CGAGGUCUCCGGUCGUAUGGCGCGUCUUUCUCAUUUGCGGCAUAUUGAAUGACGUGAUCUCCAGUUGAUUUCAGCGGCGGACACGCGUUUACGGGCAACGCUUUGUUGAGCAAUCCACGGCUAGAAUAAUACACUACAGCCAUUAAGAGAAGACGAUCACAGUGGAUUUAAUGACACUCCAUCAAAGCGUCACAGUCUGGUACAGUGAAUCUACAUAAGAUCAAACACGAAAUGGAUGGAUACCUGCCACAACAGUUCCAGACGUUGACAGACCAUAAGAAGUUUUGUCAAGACAGUUCCCUAAUGAUGGACCAAGGCACGCCGUACAGCAUAAACAUGAAUGUUUUCUUACCUGAUGUCACCUACCUACGGACUGGCAUGUGCAGACCUGUGAGGUCCACGGUGCCACAGAUCAAGACGGAACCUCUGCAUUCGCCUUUCAACUACUCCGGUUGCCAUGGUGCCGUUGCGCCUGCUGUGGCGCACCAAGAGUACACGAACAUCUACAACCCGGCUGCGGAAACCGGAAACAACGUUUAUAUCAAGCACGAGACACCGUCUCUCGAAUUCCCUGAUGUCCCCUUGUUUCAGCUCUUGAAUUCUGAGCUUGACCCCAGUGUGCCUGGACCCCACUCUUGCGCGGAUUCCCACAAUGUCGUUUGCCCACCGAUAUCAAUGUAUAAUAACAUUCAUCCACCACCCGGUCAUAUUCAUACAGAGAGAUCGCUUUGUAAUAUGGGGAAUGCCGGAUACCCUCUACCUGCCCAGGUGGGCCAGCAGCAUCCUCAGAAGAGAGCAGCCUAUCUACCGCCCUCCCCUCCGAAUUCAGAACCCGGCAGCCCAGACAGGAGGAAAGAACUCAUACAGAACCUAUCGCCACCUCCAUCGUAUGCUAUCAGCAUAGCGUCAAAAAUGGCAGGUCUUUCCCCAGGGCCAGCUCCAUCUGUCCAAACACAAGUAGGUCCUGCCCAGUAUAACCGCAGGAACAAUCCCGAUCUCGACAAAAGAAGAAUACAUCACUGUGACGUACCAGGCUGUAAGAAGGUCUACACCAAGUCCUCACAUUUGAAGGCCCAUUUACGGACUCACACAGGCGAAAAGCCAUACAAGUGCUCGUGGGAGGGGUGCGACUGGCGUUUAGCCCGUUCCGACGAGCUUACGCGCCACUUCAGGAAGCACACGGGGGCCAAACCUUUCCAGUGCGCCGUAUGUAGCCGUUGCUUCUCCCGAUCGGACCACCUGGCCCUCCACAUGAAAAGACACCAGAACUAGAGGCGCCCGGUCUGGUUGUUCUGACAGUGCUGCGGGAGGGCUAUCAGGACCUCUGUUGAUGAUACUAAUUAGGAUUUGGGUGUGUUGGUUAAUCUUGGGUUUUGGCAGUUCAUCAGGUACAACAGGACCAAACCCUGCCGCCGGUACGGCUCCUGUGGUCACAAAACCAGCUAAUUGAUGAGAACUUUGCUCAUCUGCCAGUUGAGACAUUCUUUUGUUUAUUUGUUUGUCUUCAUACUUUGAGGUCAUUAUUUAUGACAUAUGGCUACUUUAAACGUGCCUUUUUUACCUUGUAGAAUUGAGGUGCCACAUGAUAAUGUACAAUGUUGGGAAUUUUACUCCUCUUAAGUAAACGCUCUCAGUUGGGUCAUGAGGUAAAUUAUACUGUAUAACAAAUCAUUUAAGAACGUUUUGGAUUGUAGAACCAAACCCAGAGCGGUAACGGCAACGCGAGCCACAAACGCGAGUUCACAAGCACUUAACUAUUAAUAAAGCUUCAAAAAAACCUGCGGGAACCACAUAGUAAUUAGAAAAGUAGCAUCAGAACACCAAAGAGUUGGAUUCAAUCCAAAGUGUUUCGAAGGAUGAUUUGAUAGAUAACUGUAUAAAAGAGCACAAUCUGAAGUUUGAUUGAACUCCUUUGUGCCGUCUUCUGUAUUUUCCUGAAAUGCAAUAAGUGGUACAGAUGCUGUAUUUUUUCUGGCAUUACAGGUCAGAUAUCGAUUACUUCCAUAGUUCUUUGUUUGUUUUCCUUACUAUGCAUUUCUUUGGGAUAAAUGAUAGCUUUAAAUGUACAUUUUCCUCUGACGUGUAUUUAUUUUGCACAGAUUUGUUUCUGGUUUAUAAAACGUAACUCGCGCUCACAUGAAAUGUGCGCCGGUUUACGGGGAAGUGGCUUUAGAAAUCUUUGUUGGAACUAAUGGCGGCUGCAUUAUGGCGAACAAUCCAGCAGCUGAUUGUUUACAUUACUUUGUUUGGCUUACGGUGUGUGUUUCAUCUGUAUGUGUGGCCUCAUAAAACCUUUUAUUUUCCAGUACGAGGAUAAAAAUGUUUUCAGCCUUA